CAUUUCUUUUUUCUAAUAUUUAAUAGUUUUAAUAUAAUUAUCAAGAUUAUGACUAAAGAUUUUCAUUUUAUCAUCCUCCCUUCUCUCAGUGUUUCUCAAAUUCAGACGAAAAAGUUCUCGUGGUGUUCAGCUCAGUCAGUCAGUCAGCUGCUAUAUAGAAUUGACGUUGUUUGGGUGUCAUGCGCGCAAACAGGGCGGCCAUGCUUCACGUCAGUAAACAAAACGGUCGACGGUCAUUGUUUUGGCAACGAGAGCCACAAAAUUAAUGUAAUGUCACGUAGAUCUUUUUCUUUCGUUAUUUAAAAAAAAAUUAUUCCGAGAAUGCUCCGGUCUCAUUCAACGAAAAGAAAAUAGGAGCAACAAAAAUUGUCGAUAAUCGCAUAUUCAACGUCGAUGGCGACUCUCAAAGGCAUUUUUCCUAAUCCUAAACCAACACGAAGGAAAAAUUUCAUUCACGAAAAUGUUAAAAACUUGAGACGCAUGGAACAAUUUUUUCAUUCUAAAGAAGUUGACGAACUUCAAAAGCUGCAAUUACAAAAAAAACCACUGGAUAAAUAUCAAAAUGUAGCAUCAAGGAUAAACACUAGUAUUCGAAGUAGAAAACAUUCCCUGGGGAAGCCGAUGCUUCGACAUUCGGAUAAAAAUCUUGCGGAAGAAGACUGUUAUGUGGAAAGAAAAAUUAGUGCUCCUAUUGAGAGUAAAAACUCUGACCAAAAGAAAAUUCAUAGGACAUCUGCAAAGUUGAAUUCACCGGAUAAAUCAAAGAAGAACCAAAGUUUCAAGGAUGAUAAAGAAAGCAAUGUCAAAAGAUCGUCUCCUCAUCCAAACUUGUGUCAAGAAGAGUCCUAUUAUUUGGAAAAUCAGGAAAAAGAUUAUAUCAAAUACAGGAAUCAGGGAAUUCAAACAGUGAGCACAGAAGAUAUUAAAACAUUAUACAAGGAAGGAGCGAUAAGAUAUCCAUCGAGCAGGAGUUCAAAGAAUGUUGUUCCGAUGUCAACCCGAAAUACUGAAAGGUCAGAGCCAAGGGAGUGUUCUUUGUCGCCAUCAGAUAGAGGGGACAUAUCACCCACGAGUCCCCACAAGCAAAACUGUGAUCCAUUGGACUUGUCAUCAGUAAAUGAUGAUCAAAGCGAUCAAGUGAAAUCCAACAGACAAAAAAAUUCAGUGGCUAGUAAAUUAGCUGCGCAGCUCAACAACGGUGUUUUACCAUCGAAUUAUCGUCGGGGAGUCGUUCCAAAAUAUAUUCGCGAAAGGAAGGAAGCACAGCAACUAAAAGAAGAGAAGAUGAAAGCUGCGGCAAUCCAUCCCGAUUGUCCGGAAGGGCACGUGCCUUUGCCGGACGAAGAACGGCAAGAGACAUUACGAAUGCUGAAGAAACACCAUCAAGAGUACGUCACUGAGUUGAACAUGAUGCCAAUAAAAACGGACACUUUGAGAUCGCAGAGGCGAAAAAUGGAAAUAGAAAAGCAAUUGACAAAAUUAGAAGAAGGCAUCAAAGUUUUUUCACGACCAAAAGUUUACGUGAAAGUAAAUGCGUAGACAAAGUGUGCUUUCCAGAUAAAAAAGUUUAACCAAAAUCUGUUGCAUAAUUACGGGUAAAAAUGCCUCGUGCCUUAUCGAUUAAGAGCUUUACAACGAAUCUCGGUAUGAUUAAUUUGUUUUUGUGUUUGUCCGUCGUUAAAAUAUUCUCCGUGUUAGCGGAAUGUAUUGUAAAUAAUUAUACAUCUAGUCUUUUAACGUAUAAAAACAGGUACAAAGUUCGAUGUCAAGAUUUCAAAGUACAAAGGAUAAAUAAAGGUCUAUUAUUUUCCUCUCAAA